AUGACUGGGCGGAAGAAAACGCAGGUCGACUAUGUUGAAUCGAGUGAUUCGGAAGAUCAACCACCGUCGGGCAAUGAGAUUGAUAUCAAUACAGAUGACGUUGACAUGGAACGAAGGGCCCGAUUUAUUCUUGAUUGUGAUCCCAAAGUAGCGAGAGAACGCGAUGUGGACGAUUCUACGAUACGGUUCAAAUAUCUAUUAGGCUUGACUGACAUCUUCCGUCACUUCAUUGAUAUUAACAUGUCCAAGGACGCCAAAUUCAAGAAAAUGGUGAAACUGAUAGAUGCUAAGCUAAAUUUCAAGCAACCGAAAAAGAAGCUGUCCCGACGCAAGACAGAGAAGGAGGAGGAUGCAGAGCUUUUAGAAGAUGAAGAGCACAUCGGUGAUGCAGAACAACAAAGAACAGUAUUGACUGAAUCACCGUCAUAUAUUUGUGAGGGACAGUUGAGAGAAUACCAAAUACAGGGCUUGAAUUGGCUCAUUCUGUUAUAUGAAAAUCGACUUAGUGGAAUUUUGGCCGAUGAAAUGGGGUUGGGAAAGACAUUGCAGACUAUUUCUUUUCUAGGCUACUUGAGGUAUAUCAAGAAAAUUGAUGGUCCCUUCAUUGUAAUUGUUCCCAAAUCGACUCUAGAUAACUGGAGAAGAGAAUUUGCUAAGUGGACACCCGAGGUUGAUGUUGUGGUGUUACAAGGAACAAAGGAAGAGCGCCAAGAAAUCAUCCGCUCCCGUCUUUUAACUGCUAAGUUCGACGUGCUUAUUACUUCUUUUGAGAUGGUUAUUAGAGAAAAAUCUCAGUUGAAAAAGUUCCGCUGGCAAUACAUUGUUGUGGAUGAGGCACACAGAAUUAAGAACGAGGACAGUUCGUUAUCCCAAAUCAUACGAUUGUUUUACUCGAAGAACAGGCUAUUAAUCACAGGAACACCUUUGCAGAACAAUUUGCAUGAGCUUUGGGCCCUAUUGAACUUUCUUUUACCUGAUGUUUUUGGUGAUUCUAAUGUUUUCGAUGAAUGGUUUGAUAGCCAAGCAGAUAAAGACAAAAAUCAAGACCAAGUCGUCCUGCAACUCCACAAAGUACUCAGUCCCUUUCUUUUAAGAAGAGUGAAAGCAGAUGUCGAGACUUCUCUAUUGCCGAAGAUAGAGACAAAUGUUUACAUCGGCAUGACUGAAAUGCAAAUCGAAUGGUACAAAAAGCUUCUCGAGAAGGACAUCGAUGCCGUCAAUGGUGUUGUCGGAAAGAGAGAGGGUAAGACAAGAUUAUUGAACAUCGUCAUGCAAUUGAGGAAGUGCUGCAACCAUCCUUAUCUUUUUGAUGGCGCCGAGCCAGGACCGCCAUUCACGACGGACGAGCAUUUGAUUUACAACUCCGGAAAGAUGAUCAUAUUGGACAAAAUGCUCAAGAAAUUCAAAGCAGCGGGCUCGCGUGUUUUGAUAUUUUCGCAGAUGUCUAGGUUGUUAGAUAUCCUCGAGGAUUACUGCUAUUUCAGAGAAUAUGAAUAUUGUCGAAUCGAUGGUUCGACGUCUCAUGAGGAUAGAAUCGAGGCUAUCGAUGAUUAUAAUGCACCAGAUUCAAAGAAAAUUUAUCUUCUUGUUGACAACAAGAGCGGGUGGUUUGGGUAUCAAUUUAACUACUGCUGA